AGAAUGUUAUGAGGGGAUAAACACAAUUUGAUGAGAGGACUUUUAUACUUUGAGGAUCUUCUCAUUUCCCCUACAAGUAGCAUCCAAAACCAUAAGCCUAAUCUGAUUUUAUUUGCCCGAGAGGAUACAUUUGUCGUUUUGUCAACUAGCAUCCGGUCAUUUAUUCGAAAAAAAACCUUGACCCACCAAGUGACCACGGUCCGUGUCAUAAAAAAUGUUUGAAAUAUUUUACAUCGAUUUGUUUCAAAACGACGAAUCUCUUUACAACACUUCAUUAAAUGUUGGAGACGAAAGAGAUCUCAUCAUUUCACGUUAUGUUUUUUUCUACGUCUGCCUCGCGUUCAUUCCCAUAAACUUGUUCACCAACGUGCUGUGCAUCGGGGCUGUGUUGUUGUAUCCACGUUUCCACAGAGCUUUCAACUACCUUCUGUUGGGACUCGCUCUGUCCGACUUCAUUUUAGGCAUCUACUGCAUGCCGUUGUAUGUCAUCAGCUACAUGCCCUCUCCGGCCUCGGAGGUAUUUCUGAACAGAUUCGUCUGCGCGUCAUGGCUGUCGGCGAUGGGCAUGUCCGGGGGCGGCACCCUGUAUUCCAUUUUGUUCAUCUCCGUCGACCGUUUCAUAGCUGUCAUACGCCCUUGGCAGUACCCUCGAAUCAUGGCUAAAGACAGAACGCUCUUGGCUGUAGUGUCCUUGUGGAUUUAUAUCUCCUUGGUCACUCUGGCCGGCAUGUUUGUGUGGAACACGUAUGCAAGCGACGCCACGCCGGUGAAUCUUGGCUGUAACUUUAAGGUUUACAUCCCCAAAUACGUCAUCAACAUUGCGUCAUUUGUCACAGUUUUCGUCACAUCGUCCCUCUCUCUUCUUCUGUACGUCGACAUCAUCGUAAAAAUCAACCGGCAGCAGGCCAUAUUCCAAUCCAACAUUUCCCGCUACACCACGCGACAGAUUCGCAGCUUUGAGAGCAGAGUAAAUUCAGUGAUGAUAGCCACGGCGUUGACUGUGUUUUUUGUUAUUAUGUGGCUGCCGUACUUUUUGCUGGUUCCGUUCAAAAACGCA